CACACCUGGUAAGAGGCCUAAACUGUCUGUGCCACUCUGCUGGUCAGCGUGUCCCUUCUCUUCAGGGACGUUUUCCUGGGAAGCCGGCUGAUUGUGAGCAUGCUCUUGGUGUGCGCAUGCGCCAGAGGAAAGGGCUGCGGGUGCUGAUGCUACUGUCCGCCGCUGUUUGCUGUUGGUGUGAUUGCCUGCAAAUGUUCUUAGUAAACAGUGAGUCAUUUUUGUCUGUUUCCCGCAGACCUCAUGCUACAGACUAUGCCACACAUAAAAAGGUGACCCUGCCACUUGCUAGUAGAUGCUCAAGGAUGCAGACGAUUAGAAUCUUACCAGUGGCGGGUCCUGAUCCUGAAUGCCAGCGUGUAGAGUUGAUUAAGUCUUUACAGAAAGAAGCAGCACGUUUGAGGGCUUCUGCUCACCAGGAGACAAUCCGUCUGCAGAACCAGGCGGGGCCAAGUGCCCCCUACCAGGACCCCAACAGUGACGAGGAGGGUGAAGCCGUCAAAAACCACGACCAAGGGGAACGCGGAGAGGAAGGGGCCAGAAUAUAUUCUCCAGAGAGUGAUGAGGGACCAGAUGAAGAUGGGGCUCAGAGAUCACUGACAGCAAAGAAACUCACCACUGAUGAGAUGAACCCUCCAGAAAGAGGAAAGCAGGGGGUGAAGAGGAAGAGGAUGACUGAAGCAUAAAACAUGUACUCACUAUAAAUAUGGUUUUCAACUGCUGGCUUCAAAACAAUGAUAAAAUGACUUGGAAUUGAAGUGAGGAACUGAGUUCCUUUUGCAUAAUCCUAGUUGUGGUUUUAAAAUGUUUGGAAGCAAAUCUGUGACUUUAGAAAAUCCAUUGUUCCCAGGUGAGACCAUUUUGGUAACAGUUUGCGCUGUGUCUUGGGUUUUUUUUGUCAGAGCAGGCACAGCGCAAGAGAGCUCAUGGAGACUCAAUGCUUUGUUACGUGCUGUAUGGGCCUUACCAGUUCUAAUCCUCAGAACAAAUCAAAGGGCAGGUGCUGUUUUUCUCAUAUUACAGAUGUAGAAGCUAAGUUAGAACUUAAGACUUCUGUCCAAAGCUUUUUCUUCUCAAGUUUAAAAAAAAAAGCAUUUUUGAGACAAGGAUCAGGAAUUUAUUUGCACAGCCAUCACACUGCUGAGCAGGUGUGUUAACUGACCUUGGGAGAAAGACAUCCCAAAUACCGGAGAGAAAUGGUCACCAGAAAUUAGAGAAAACAAGAGUACUGGGAAACAAAAUACUAGAUUUGACUUCUAGCUUUUUGACUAGUGCAAUAGCUUGAACAUAAUAGGUACAUAAAGGUUUUUUUGUUGAAUAUACAAACCAAUGAUGUUACCUUGGGCAAGUUAACUUCUCUGAAGUCAGUUUGCUCAACUUGCUGGGGUUUGGACUUGACCACUGUGAAUCUUUCAUGAUUUAAUGUUUAUAUUCCUCUACUUCUGAGAAGUGAAAAAUUAGAUAUGUUCAUUUUUUUUUAGAGUCUUAUUGUUAAAUAGAAAAGGUCAAAGAAAAAUGGCCCACUUAACAUGCAGAAAACCUGGGUGUACAUUAUAAUUCCCUCCCUUUUAUAUAUUUAAAGUGUAAUUUCAUAGCUGUGCAGUAAACACAGCCAUAAUUAGCACCAGCUUCAGAAAAGCCAUUUAGAGACUCAUUCAAAAUGCUGAGAGGUACUACCACAGUUCAGUCAUAAGGCUGACUAUUCUUUACAAUUUUAUUGAAGUAUAGUUGAUUUACAGUGUUGUGCUAAUUUCUUUGGUAUAACAAAGUGACUCAGUUAUACACACAUAAGCAUGUUUUUUCAUAUUUUUUCAUACUUUUCCAUUAUAGUUUGUCACAGGAUAUAGUCCCCUGUGUUACAUACAGUAGGACCUUGUUGUUCAUCCAUCCUGUAUAUAAUAGGAUGUCUGUUUUUGUGUCAGUACCACACUGUUUUGGUCAGAAUGGCCUUACUGUAGUACUAUCUCAAGUCUGGGAGGGUUAUGCCUCCUGCUUUGUUCUUUUCCCUCAAGACUGCUUUGACAAUUCUGGGUCUUUUAUAGUUCUAUAUAAAUAUUAGGAUUAUUUGUCUUAGUUCUGUGAAAAAUGAAAUAUGUUAAUUUGAUGGGGAUCACAUUAGAUCUAUGGGUUAGAUUGGCUAUUCUUUAUAGAGGUGGCCUUGAGUCUCUGCUACUUUAGCAACAGGACUGGGGCUAAAGCUGGGCUGAGACUAGAGGCCAACCCUUGCAGACUUGCUGGAAAGCUUAAUAUUUGGUACCUAAAGAACUGAGGUGCCACUGGCUGAGCAAGAAGGCACUCUCCCCACGGCCACAGCUCCUGUCUCCACAGCAACUCAGAGGAGGAGCUGAAGUUACCUGACAACUGAAGCACCCAAGCCUCUGACUCACCAAAGGGGACAGGCAUCAAGCCUUCCCACAUGUGAACGUAAGCCCAAUAGCCAUUCUUGGAAAGCCAGCCAAUACUAAAGAUUCAAGAGAAAUUUCUUUAUUCCUUAAGUUUCAAAGUUGAAUUAUUUGAUAUUUAUCCCUAAAAGUUUCCUCAACCCAUUACACGUUUCACUGAUUUUCUCUUUUGGUUGGUGGAUUUAGGUGACUGAUAAGCGAUAUCUUUGGUUUACCUUAGAAAUAAUCUCUAAUAGCAGGAUUGGCUCCCCUCAGGCCCAGAACGCACUGUAUCAUAGGUCCCUGUUUCUAUUUGUCAACUCAGUUUAAAAAAAAAAAAAAUCAAUUUGACUUUAUAGACAGACCAGACUGAGUACUGAUGGGGAUGAGACUGAACCAUAUGAACUUACUACUUUAUGGGUAUAAAUGGUCAAGUUUUGACAGUUUCAGAAUAACUCAGGGAAAUUAAUAAACUUGUUCUUAAAAGGUAUGUAUGCAGUGAACU